AUGACAAUAACCCCGGGGGCAGAGGAGCUUCCUUCUGCUUGUGACCCUGCGUACUGUAGGUGCUCAGGCAGAGCCAGUUGUCCCCUCGUUUUACGUUGGCUAAUUUACCAGAUGGAGGUCAUUUCUGUUAUUAAAAAGGCCAUUCAGAAGGGCAACAUGGAAGUGGCGCGGAUACACGCCGAAAAUGCCAUCCGCCAGAAGAACCAGGGGGUGAAUUUCCUGAGGAUGAGUGCGCGCGUGGAUGCAGUGGCUGCCAGAGGCCAGACGGCCGUGACGAUGAGGAAGGUGACCAAGUCGAUGGCCGGCAUGGUAAAGUCCAUGGACGCGACGUUGAAAACAAUGAAUCUGGAGAAGAUUUCUGCCCUGAUGGACAAAUUCGAGCACCAGUUUGAGACGCUGGACGUGCAGACGCAGCAGAUGGAAGACACGAUGAGCAGCACGACGACGCUGACCACUCCCCAGAACCAAGUGGAUUUGCUGCUCCAGGAGAUGGCCGAUGAGGCCGGCCUCGACCUCAACAUGGAGCUGCCCCAGGGCCAGGUGGGCUCGGUGGGUACGAGCGUGGCCUCCGCCGAGCAGGACGAGCUGUCCCAGAGACUGGCCCGCCUGCGGGACCAGGUGUGA